CCACAGCAAAGGGCAAUACAAGAAAUAAUAAAACGGCAGGGGCCAAUCAAUUUUUUUGUUGCCAUCACUACCGACCAGAUUUGUUUACAUAUUUAAUAGAGGAUGGCAUUGUGGACGCGGCGUGUUUGCCUGCAGUAAUAUACAAGACCGCCAUGCAGAGCCGCGCAGGGAUGAUUCUGGGCCGCUGCGUGACACAGUGCGAAUUUUGAAUGCCCAGCAGGAGCAGCAAAGUGAGCAGCCGUCCCCCGACAUGCGUUGCUAUAGACAAAAGAACAAAUUUGGGUGUCCUUGGGCGACCUGCGCUAGGCCCUGACAACAAUGACUGGAAAAAAGCUUCGGGACAACCAUUACCGGCGCUUGCCAAUCGACCCCGUCUCCUCAAAAGAGCCUACAGCACACUGAGCUUUGGUGAUUUACAAGGGCUUUCGACGACAAAGGCAGACCCGCAAGUACAAAGAAACGAAAAAGACAGGGAAAGAAACCCAGACAGGCUCAGCCUUGACAGGAUGGGAUUGACUACUGUUCCCGCGUUGGCUGGAGAAGAGGGAGUGCGCCUUCUAUCCCUUCAGCAUAAUUUGAUUACUCGCCUUGAAGGUCUUUCUGCUUUGCCAAGACUGGUUUUCUUAGAUUUAUACGACAACCAAGUGGAAAAAUUGGUGGGAGUCAAAGAGCUGCCUUCGAUCAAAGUAUUGCUCCUCGGCAAAAAUCGAGUUAGGCGACUCGAGGGUUUAGAGCUGUUGCCUCGCUUGGAGGUGCUGGACCUGCAUGGAAAUCAACUAACUUCUUUGACCGGGCUGAAUCCACUAUCCGAACUGAAAGUGCUCAACGUCGCCGGAAACCAGUUGAGGGUGGUGUCUGAGAGCGACCUGAAAGGUCUGGGCGCCCUGGAGGAACUCAACCUGCGGCGCAACAGGAUCCGCCGCGUGGAGGGCGUCGCGCACGCACCCAAACUAGCCAAGCUAUUUCUGUCAAACAACAACAUUCACUCAGUGGAAGAGCUGAAUGGCGUGAGGCAGGCGAGCCAGUUGAAAGAACUGAGUAUCGACGGCAAUCCUGUGAGCGAGAACGCCGAGUGCGCGGCAUUGCUGGUGACGUCCUUAUCCACCCUCAAACUGCUCAAUGGCUCCGAGGUCACCAAUGAAUUGAGAAAUGUGGCUGCAACGUGGCACCACGCACCGAUUUCGGACAAAAAACAGGCGAUUUCUAACGCUCGGAUGCACUGGGAGCUGCUACGGUCGCAGGCAAAGACGCUGAUCCACAUUUGUGCCAACGAGCACCAAACUAACCUAAAGACUCAACACCCGAAGGAGGCGAAUAGCGGCGAACUCGCACCCCUACGACUGCCGCCUAUUUGCUUAGCGCCAGGCAGCAACUCCAGUUCCAGCGGCAGCGAAGCCUCGUCCUCUUCGGACAGCUCGACGAGAUGCGAAUCGGUCCUGAGCAAUUCGGCCUCCUCCAGCGUCGAGCCAAACAUAGACUCGUGCGCGACUUCGCCGAGAUCUGAAAUCUGCGCGGCCGAGGCUGUGGAGGAAGAACAAGAAGACGAGGAGAGGCCUGCAGAGGAUGGCGAAACUCUGCACGAAAAAAUAAUAGCUUUGACGCAACCUGUGCAAAAUCAGAGACCGGUCACGGCCCAGCCAAGUCGAGCAUGGCAGCAAGUGCGCGGGGCGCUGAGAAGUGGACAAGUUUCUAGGUUAAGGGUCCGAACUGCAAAGCCCCAAAUUGCCUCUCCGCAAAAGCAGCAGCCAGUAAGAAACAAGACUGCCACCAGCAAUACUAAAGAGCAGGGUGGCGACUAUUUGGUGGAAAUCGAAGGAAAGUGUCUCAAUGUUUACGGUCAGACGGCUAUUAAGUUUCUGGACCGACCUUGGAAUCCUCAGAAAGCUGUUGAAGUACAAACUAUAAAGUUCACUUACAUCAGUUUCAACAGCGUGGUAACUCAAUUUUCAAAAUUGAAACAACGAUUUCCGUCCGCCGAAAAAUUUUCAUUUAAAGAAUCAAAUAUUUACUGCUUGGGACAGCUGAACGCCUUGGCGGAGUUGCAAGGGAUACAUUCUUUGCUCAUUGAGCAAGAAGGAAAUCCGAUAGUUUUCAAAGAGUGGCAAAGUUACGCAAUCUUCCGGCUCGCGCACUGGGGCCUUGUAAAUAUAAAUGGGCAAGAAAUCAGCAAACAGCAGGUGGAGGACGCAGAGAGAGAAUAUGCCGGGCUGUGCCAAACUGUUCUUGACUGCAUGCCUGGGAGUUUGCUGCUUCCGUUGCUAGGACGGCUUUCCCUCGAGGCAGGACAACCCUUGCCGCCACCCUCCCCAAACGCGGCCAAGGAAUGGCUCUUGUCUACCGAUUGUACGUUCAGAAACGUGGUUGCGAAGGAAGCUUUGCAAUGGCGCAGAGGGAUUCCAUCUCAGGAAGAGCUUGUGUGGAGACAAAAAGGUCGCGUUCAUUUAUCAACAUUGAUUGAGUCUGGCUACGGAGCAGUCGAAAAACUUAAAAUCUUGGAACAAACUUGGAACGAAAUAUUGCUUUCGCAAGUUCAGGACACACUUUUGGAUUUUUCCCAAAUGGAAAUGUACAUGAAGCAAUGCAUUUCCAAACUGUUUAAGCAAUAAAACUUGAUUUUCUUUUUUUUUU